AAAAAAAUAUCACAGAACUUGAAAUCAAAAAAAAUUUUAUUAUGUUCGAAGUCGAAUUUACUUAGAUCUCAAAAUAAUUAAUUACUAGAGAAAGAUGUUGAAAAGUUUUCAUUGAUUGAAUUCUUUAGAAGCAAAAUGAAUUCAAAGCUCUGCGAUGGGGCAUCUUCUAGUAAUCACGAAGAUAGGAAUGCAAAUUUAAAUAAUGAAAUUAAUGUAAGUAAAGGGGCAAUUCCGAAAACAAAAAAUUAUCUCAAGAACUCCCAGAACGGAAGAAAGAAUGUCAAACUUAAUAACAAUUUCGAAAGUGUAACCUCGCCUAAUUAUGAUCCUGCAAGUACAAACAUCUGUAAAAAUGGAUUUUCAAAAACUUCCGGAAGUCCUUUAAUUAUUAAUGGUAUUCAUAUUGAGAAAGCAAUGAAUAAUUGGGAACACACAGAACCAAAAUUUGAGGUAUCCAACACAGAUAUUUACCUCAACAAUGAAUCGGACUCGAGUUCCAGUGAAGAUAAUGACUUGUCAGUCUCUGAUGAUGGAUGUAUAUACACCUACAAGGCAGACAGUAUUCCUGACUUGCCAGAUAUAUUGAACAAUUUAGAUAUACCUCUUUUUGGUGAUGAACCAAAUGAGCCAAGAGAAAAUACGUCCAGUCCAGAAAUGGAUUUUCUUGAAAUGGAUUUCGAGCCAGAGCCUUCAGUUGAUACUGAAACAGAACCCCCUGUUACCCUACCCACUGAGCAAGCAAGUGAAAUCCAUUUGGAUGAAAAUGUGUUAGAUUAUCAACAACCAUGUAGCUCUAAAGAUCUAGACAAUCCAACUUUGUAUGAAAAUCAUAAACUAGACAAGGAAAAUACUGAUAUUGAACUGACCCAAAAUAUAGAUAAGAAAACAAAGAAAAAAGCUCAUCCUAAAAAGGAUAGAAAAGAGAUCAAAAUGCCUUGGUCAUGCACACCUGAACAAAGAACAAAAGCUUCUAAACAAUUAAGAAUUAUUAGAACAGAUACUAGUUCUGGGGAAGAAUCUUUAGCUUCAAUUGUAGGUCAUGAGAACAUGGAUGAGAAGAAAAUAAUGAUUUGGAGUCACGAAGAAGCAUAUGUAAAACAAAUAACCCAAAUUGGACCAUUAUCGUGUAGUGCAACCGCAGUACUGAACGUUCUGAUAGCUCUUCGUCUACCAGUCCCGUCUAUCGAAGUAAUCUGCAAUUGCGGAAAACUUGAUGCUAACUCGGAACUCCUGACAUAUUUGCAUUCUAGAAGCAUAGAAGGCCAAGGACAUAGAGAAAUAAUUUCAGGCCUGCAUAAAGCAACCAAUGGUAGAAUAUACGCAAGAUUUUUUUCUAUGUAUCCAGAACGUUGUGUGAAUAUUUACGAUUGGUUAGGCUUCUGGAUUCAACAUGGGGCUAUUCCUAUCGCCACUUUGAAUUUGCAAAAGAGCCAACAGCCCAUUUCCGAGAGUUGGUGCCAUCAAAUGAUCUACGGUGUUGAUCCGGAUAACGUAUACCUGACAAAUCCAAUUGAGUGUGUGAAUUCUAGUGUUCUGUGGCAUCAGCUCGUUUCCGAAUCGGUCUUGCUGAUCAAGAGGGAAAAAAUAGUUAAUAAGUUCAUGUCUAAUAAUAGUCUGAGUGAAUUGCGAGCAGUCGGGGAUCCUAGUUAUGAUGAAUUGAAUGUUUUAGGUCAAGUAGCAAAGAUAAUCAGGGAAGAUUCUAGAGCAAAGCGAGAAAAUUCUCACAUCACAUCUCACUUGAAAAUUCCAACCAUCUUCAGGUCUGGUGUCACCUUGGCUAUCGAUAGAAAUUCUAAAGCCUACCCGCUUCUGCUGGAGAGUCCAGAAUUGCCUUUACUGAAUCUCAACAGUUGUAAGCAGUAGUAUUAUUUGUUAUAUUGUGAUGUAGUAUUUGAAUUCGUAUACAAAAUAUUAUCAUAUCAAUUUAUAUUAUCUAAUUGCAUUUUUUAUGUACAUAUAAUAUUUUAUUAUGGGUUAAUCAACCUUUAUUUUCCAUUUUCGAAGCGUAAUAAUAUUAUCCUCAUUAAUGAAAAUCUUUUGAAUUCAUUGUAAUGAAGUAUGCUUUUCUGAUGCAACAUAAUUUCGAAAGAUUCAAUAAAAGUUAAUACCGACCUA